GUUGCUAAACACACACUGUACAGUCCGAGGCAGAGGCGGUGAGGGUGUGUACGAUAACUAACAGAGCAUUUUUUAUUUUUAUUUUCUGAAGUGAAGUUUGAGAGUCGGGACUUAGAAUGAAGAUCCUCCUCAUCUUCACCUUCUGCCUGAUUAUAGCUGGUUCUGAUGCUGUAACUACAGUAACUGGAUACAGAGGAAGAUCAGUUCAGAUUAAAUGCCCCUACGGAUCUGGAUAUGAAGAAUACAAGAAGUAUCUCUGCAGAGGUAAAUGUCCCCGUGUAGGGUAUAAUGAUGUUCCUGUUCGUUCUGGAUCUCCUGCUAAAGACAUCAGAUUCUCUCUGUAUGACAACACAACAGCCAAAGUCUUCACCGUCACCAUCACUGAUCUGAGAACAGAGGAUGGAAACACUUACUGGUGUGUGAUAGAGCGGACAGGGUAUGAUCUUUACACAGAGCUUCUACUGCUGGUUAAAACGGAAGAUCCUGCCAUCACUACUGUCUCACACACCACACACUCCGCUUCAACACACUCCGCUUCAACACAGUCUGCUUCAACACACUCCGCUUCAACACACUCCGCUUCAACACACUCCAUGAGUCCAUCAGUGCCUGCUGAGAUCACACAUUCAACAACAGCAAAUCCACUAAAUGAUGCUAACCAUCCAACCAUCGCUCACUCACCUCAGGGUAUAAAUAACUACAUCAUGAUCAGUACAGGUGCAGUGUUGUUGGCUGUUGGUGUGAUUAUAGCGAUCUACUGCAAAAUACAUCGUCAAGGCUCUGAAACAGUGACACGAUCUUCCACAGAGGCAAAUGGAGAUUAUGAAAAUGACCAGAAUUUACCUCCUCUCCAAGCGAAAGAAAAAGCCAAUUUACCCGAAUCUGUCUAUCAGAGUCUAGACCUAACCACCAACCAAUCAGUCUAUCAGAGUCUGACCUUUACUAAUAACCAGUAAGAUUCAGGAUGCCACUGUUCACCAUCCAACUGGACUGAUCUUAACCCAAAGCUAAAUACAACAGUGUUUAUCCCCCCGCCCCCCGUUAUUCUACCUGGCCUGUGGAUUACUCAUUUUCAGUUUUUUUUUUCUUGUUGUUUCUAAAUUAAGUUAUUUCCUUCACCUUGCAAAUGUCAUGGUCAUCUGAUCCCAGGUCUGGAUGUAACAAUGCUGUACAUAAAAUUGUUUUUCUUUUGAA